AGUGGUUCGGAGGAGGGAUUAAAAUGGCGGCGGCGUGAAGUUGCAUGUUGUUGUGGGGACCCCCCCGCCGAGUCCGUUGGGAGGAACCGCCAGUCGCCCCCCGCCCGCCCUCAGGCCCGCCAUGGCGGUGACCGUCACCUUGAAGACGCUGCAGCAGCAGACCUUCAAGAUCCGCAUGGAGCCCAACGAGACGGUACGAGUUCUUAAAGAGAAGAUUGAGGCCGAGAAGGGCAAAGAUGCUUUCCCGGUGUCAGGCCAGAAGCUAAUCUAUGCUGGCAAGAUUCUGAGUGACGAUGUCCCCAUCAAGGAGUACAAGAUCGAUGAGAAGAACUUUGUGGUGGUAAUGGUCACCAAGAAUAAAACUGGCUCAGGAGCUCCCGCUGCCUCCCCCAGUGAUGCAGCGCCCACUUCAGAGUCCACACCGUCCUCUGGGCCGACACUGCUGCCCGCUGCGGCUACAGCUGCACCCCCCUCAGCAGCUCUGUUAAGUGAGGAACCUCCCCCUGAAGAGUCUGUGACCGUUUCCCCUCUGGAAUCCACCACUGGCUCUGUUCCCUCUUCAGGUAGCAUGGGACGUGAAGAUGACGCAGCCUCCACCUUAGUUACUGGCUCAGAAUACGAGACGAUGCUGACGGAAAUCAUGUCAAUGGGCUAUGAGCGAGAACGGGUGGUGGCAGCGCUCCGAGCCAGCUACAACAACCCACACCGGGCGGUGGAAUACCUGUUAACGGGGAUCCCAGGCAACCCAGAACCUGAGAGCGCCCCCCUCCAGGAGAGCCAGCCCCAAGAGCAGUCAGCCCCCGAAGGAGAGAAUCCUCUGGAGUUUCUGCGAGACCAGCCCCAGUUCCAGAACAUGCGGCAGGUGAUCCAGCAGAAUCCAGCUCUCCUCCCGGCUCUGCUCCAGCAGCUGGGCCAAGAGAACCCUCAGCUGCUGCAGCAAAUCAGCCAGCACCAAGAACAGUUCAUCCAGAUGCUCAACGAACCCUUGGGCGAAAUGGCUGAUGUCGCAGAUGUUGAAGGAGAGAUGGGUGCCAUCGGGGAAGAAGCUCCUCAGAUGAAUUACAUCCAAGUCACGCCUCAGGAAAAAGAAGCCAUAGAAAGGUUAAAGGCCCUCGGCUUCCCCGAGAGCUUGGUGAUCCAAGCCUACUUUGCCUGCGAGAAGAACGAGAACCUGGCCGCCAACUUCCUGCUGAGUCAGAACUUUGAUGAUGAGUGAUAAAGGAAAAGAGUUUUAUAUAAAAAAAUUCUCUAUAUAAAUAUUCAUUUAUUUAACGGGGCUAUGUGUUGGGCAAAGGGGCAGUGGCAGUGUGAGUUUAGAAUGCCCCAGGCCGAACGGCUGGCUGGAGGGAAAUACUCUGUCUUGGAAAACUGGGCAAUUGGGGGGGGGGAAGCAGAACAGCCAGGACCCCCCUCUCAUCCUCCCUAAAAUAACAGCCACGUUUGAUCCCCCCCCCCAAAAAGCCUUUGGACUGGCAAGCUGAGGCUGUUCAGGGAAAGGGCAACCCAGCAGAUGGGUUCCAUUGGACUUUCUCCCAGCAGAGCCAGCAGCAUGUGUGCAAACAGAUUGCUCUCUUGUUUGCAAAUCCUACCCAUCCCCACCUCCUCAGCCAGUGCACAUAUGUCUGCACCCGUCCGCUGCUUCUAACAAGAGGCUGAUGCUCUUCUUCUGUUUCCACCUGCUGGCCUUUGAACCAAGCCCCCCUUUGUCCCUCCAAGAAGAACUGCUGUGUGCUAGGUUGGUAGCUGGCUUUGGAUUUUGUGGAUAGUUUGUUUGCAUGGGAAAGGCUGUGGAAGAAAGAGUGUGCAAAGUUGCACUUUCCACCCCGGUCAUACCCUCUGCUAAGCUGCCGCCCCCUUUUGUACCCACAGCCGCCCCCCCCCAACACUAUUCUAAAUUCAUUCUGGAAGAAGUGGAAAUCAGGGCUGGGGAACAAAAUUACCCUUAGGACCAGCAAGUUUGAGAUACUGGGUUCCUUUUGCAACAUCCCUGACCUUUGGCCAGCUGUUCUGCAGAACACCCGUGGUUGGAUUGACCUGCCUUGACUUCCAGAGGUUGCCUGAGCAGAAUUAACACUCAGGUCCCCUGUUGCCCUGCGCAGUUGAACCUCUCAGCUUUUUAGAUUCAGGUCUUGGAACUUGUAAAACAUAAUACCGAAAGAAGGAAUAGAUUUUUUUUUUUUUUUUACAAAACCCCUCAGCUGGUGAAUCUCUCAGAGUGGCUCUCUUUGGGGUAAAAUGCCCUGUGAAAUGAAACCCUGUUUUAAAAAUUAUUUCUGUGUUGUGGCAGUUUUAAGGAAACUAAUAUUUUGUAGUAUUAAUCUGAUUUACCUGUUGUUGGGAGGAUUCUUGUAUUUCAAGGAUCUGUUUGUUCUUAAAACCUGGUGGUUGUUGGGGUACAAAAUCUCUGUGUUGCGACACUUGGGAAGGAGAUUAUUCUUUCAUUUUUUGGAAAAAAAGAAUUAUUUUCACAAACUUCUCUUUUUAGAAAAACGUGUAGCAAGAAAAUUCCUGUUUUAAUGUACAUUUUUGAAGCUUGAGUUUGGAUUAGCAAGAACAUAUCCUGAUCAACCCCCUAAAGGAGCUGAUCUGAUGUUUGGCCUUUCCAGUUUCUGAGAUCCAGUGACACUGGUUUUUACUACUAAAUGGGCAAGUACAAAACUGGCAGAGACGUUCUUGGUUUCGGUCACUCUCCACCUUUAUGUGGAGAUGAUGGUCAAAGAUAUUUGUAGUUUGAACUUUAAUAAAACUCUCCAUUAUCACCUGUUAAACCUUUUAAAAAAACAUGCAAUCGCCUGCUGCCGCUCUCUUUUCACCCCCCACCCCACCCCACCCAUGCCAGUCCUGUCUGGGAGUCCCUCUGUUUCCUCAGCCUAUGUCCACCACAAAGAGAUCCAGAGUAUUGCCUCUAUGCCUCAAAAAUAAAUUUUGAAGCCAUAAGUUUCUGCUGAA